AUGAAGCAAAUCAAGUUUGAUUGGACUGAAAACAAGAAACUAAUAAAUAAAAUGAUUUACCUUGGUGAUGAGCCAUUCAUUUUUGAAUCAAGAGUCAUUAUUAACAAAAAUUAUUUUCUAAGUAUCAAAAUACAUCCAAAGGAAAAUAAAAUUCAGAAACUAAAGUGUACAAUUCAAGUAUUUGAUGCCGAAAAACGAUUAGAUCCAGAGAAUUUUACCAUAGAUUUCACGAAACAUUUAAAAUACCCAUUGUUUUUUGCAAUUAAUCCAUCAAAAUUUGUUUGCAUGGAGUUUUCAAAUAUUUCUAUAGUUGAAAAACCAGAUUUGCAGAAAAUAAAAAAUUCAAAUCUGAAUUCAAAUUAUAUUUCAAACAAUUCUACAUCAAUACUAGAUAUGUAUGAAUACAGAUCGAAUACAACUUAUCACAAUAACAUCCCACAAGAAAAUAUUCCUAAACCAAUUCCGAAAGAAGAAAGCAAGGUAAUUAUUAAACAAGAUCCGAUUAAGGAAAAUAUUACAGAAAAAGAACCAAAAAUUAAAGAAAAACCCGAAAAAAUAAUUUCCGUUCCAAAAGUAGAGAAAACAGUUGCUCCGAAGAAGCCUAGUUUUUCGCAACCUAAGGUUGGUUUUACUUAUACUCCGCAAUCUCAAAUUCCUCAAGAAAUUCCAAAACAAAAUUACGAAUUUCAUUAUUGCGGACUUAUAAAUCAAGGAGCAACAUGUUACAUGAACUCAUUCCUACAAGCGCUUUAUCAUACUCCGAUUUUUAGAAGAAAAUUUCUCCAAAUGAAAUCAGAAGAUCCUGUCAUUAAAAGUUUACAAAAUCUCUUUCAAAUGAUGAAUAAUGAAAAAUAUGUCUCAACGGAAGAUUUGACAACAAGUUUUGGCUGGGAUAGUUCAAAUGUUUUAGUUCAACAUGAUGUACAAGAAUUCAUGGUUAUUUUAAUUGAUUAUAUCCAAGAACAUAUAAAAGGAACUCCAUAUGAAAAUUUGAUAAAAUCAAUUUUCGGAAUUGAAAAUGAAACAACUAUUAUUUAUCAAAAUAAUGAUACUCAUUCUCUUAAAGAAUCACAAUUGAACAUAAGUGUUCAAUUAACUGACUCAAUAACUCGAGGAAUCGAAUUAUUAACAGAACCUGAGUUAAUGGGAGGAGAUGAUGCCCUUGAUCAUAAUGGAGUUAAAAUGAGUGCUACAAAAAUCCUUAAUUUCAGAAGAUUUCCAAAAAUUUUGAUGAUUCAAUUAUCAAGAUUUUCUUUUGAUCGCGAAACAUUUAUGCCAAUCAAGUUAAUGGAUAGAUGUUCGAUCGUUCAGCACAUAGAUAUUGGAAAAUCUUAUUCCUUGUAUUGUAUUGUCACUCAUUUGGGGAACUCGGUUAAUUUAGGGCAUUAUGUAACAUAUGUUAACUCUCUAGAUGAUGAUUGGUAUUGUUUUAAUGAUCAGUGUGUUGACAUUUUGAAACAUUCUCCUCUCAAUGAUGAAAGUAUCACAAAUAAUGCGUAUUUAUUGUUUUAUUAUUUAGAUGAAUGUAAGAAUGAAAUUUUUCAUGAAUAA